UCGAAGAUCUGUGCGUUACACUGAACCCUUGUCCCAGUGUCAAUGGAAGCAGAUACAAGUGUACAUCUGGCACUGGUUCAUAUAAGUGUGAAUGCGCCGUUGGAUAUACAGGAGAGAAGUGCGACAAAGAUGCGAAAUCUAUUUGUAAAUGGGAUACAUGUCUGAAUGGAGGAACAUGUACCACAACUAACAAUAUCGUUUAUAAAUGCCUGUGUACGCCAGAAUACAUAGGUUCAAGGUGUCAAACUGAUAGUCCUGUGCUGGAUGGAUGUUUCGCAAGGGAUCCCAUACUCGAAGAUUCGAAUUACUAUAAGAAAUUCACUCAGCCAACACCUAUGAGUGUCACAAACUGCAUGAACGUUCUCCAAUCGCAGAUUCCCACCUAUACCAUGUUUA